AUGGCAUCUAGCCCUCUCUCCCUCCGGCAGCGGCAGAUCGCUUCAAUUGAGCAUAUUUUAAAUCUGAACCAUGAAAUUCCUCCUCAAAACGAGCUUCAGGGGGAGUCUGCUGCAGGCAAAAACGGUCUCAUACCUCGGGCUGCCCCCCUACUGAAUGAGGAUGGCGACCCAGUGUGGAAGAUACUUGUCUUUGAUAAUCUUGGACGCGAUGUCAUUAGCAGUGUUCUUCGUGUUAAUGACCUUCGAAGCUGGGGAGUUACAAUCCAUCUUAAUCUAAACUCACGGCGCUACCCUAUUCCAGAUGUGCCGGUUAUAUACUUGGUUGAGCCAACUAUUGAAAACAUCAAAAUGAUCACCUCCGAUCUAUCUAAAGGCCUCUACUCCCCCGCAUACGUGAACUUCCUCUCCUCCGUUCCCCGACCUAUUCUCGAAGACUUUGCUGCAGAAAUUGCCGCUACUGGAACAGCAGACAAGGUCGCCCAGAUUUAUGAUCAGUAUUUAAAUUUUACCGUUGCAGAACCGGAGCUAUUCAGCUUAGGCAUGGGGAAGGAUACAUACUGGAAAAUCAACAGCGCUACAACCAAGGAUGAAGAGCUGGAUGUUGUUGUGGACAGAAUCGUCAGCGGUCUGUUCAGUGUCAGUGUCACAAUGGGAUCGAUACCCAUUAUCAGAUGUCCAAAGGGUGGUGCCGCCGAGCUUAUAGCUGCAAAACUUGAUCGCAAGCUUCGAGAUCAUAUAUUAAAUUCGAAAGACAACUUAUUUUCCGGUGGCUCUCAACGACAGGGUACUGCAUUACCCUCUAGCCGGCCUGUUCUGAUAAUAGUUGAUCGAAAUGUUGACCUUGUCCCAAUGCUUUCUCACUCGUGGACGUACCAAUCGCUCAUUCACGAUGUUUUGAAGAUGCAUCUGAACCGCAUAACAGUACAGUCGCCUAUCGACGAGUCCGAUCUAAGUAAAGGCAUGACGACUAAAUCUUAUGAUCUGAAUGUGAAUGACUUCUUCUGGAAUCGAAAUGCAGGGGUGCCUUUUCCACAGGUUGCGGAAGAUAUUGAUGCAGAAUUGACCCGAUAUAAAGACGAUGCAAACGAGAUCACGAAGAAGACGGGGGCAUCGUCCAUUGAGGACCUCAAUAUUGAUGCGGGUGCGUCUGCCCAGCACCUGAAGACUGCUAUUACACUUCUACCCGAACUACGCGAGCGGAAAGCACUUCUUGAUAUGCAUAUGAAUAUCGCCACGGCCUUGCUCAAAGGGAUCAAAGACCGCCAACUCGAUAACUUCUUUCAGCUUGAAGAAAACAUCAACAAGCAAAACAAAACGCAGAUGCUGGAGAUAAUAUCAGAUCCCGAGAGAGGAAAGAACCCAGUCGAUAAAUUAAGGUUAUUUAUCAUCUGGUUCUUGAGCACGGAGUCAGAUCUGUCUCGUGCUGAACUCAACCGUUUUGAAGAAGCGUUGAAACAGGCUGGUUGCACUGAUAUCAGCCCCAUAGCGUACGUGAAACGCGUACGGGAGAUCACUAGAAUGACGAUGAUGUCAACAUCGACAUCAACCGCACCUCAGCAGCCCUCCUCCGACCUUUUCCGUGGCUUUUCCUCUCUCUCCAACCGGCUGACGGACCGCAUUACAGCUGGCGCCUUAGGCGCGAACUUUGACUCACUUAUUUCAGGUGUCAAGAACUUCCUUCCAGCCAACAAAGAUCUUACCAUUACGAAGAUUACUGAAUCGAUCAUGGACCCAUCAGCGGCCUCCAGCUCAACCAUUGCACUCACAGAGAACUACCUAUACUUUGACCCACGGAGCGCCAAUGCUCGUGGCGCCAUGCCUCCUUCAAUUGCAUCCACUCGCAACGCCCAGUCUGGUGGAUCUGCAACAAGCGGAACAAAUGCCACAUUCGGCCAAAGACGCCAGGCGUUCAAUGAAGGUAUCGUUUUCACUGUCGGCGGCGGCAGCAUGGACGAGUAUGGUAAUUUGCAGGACUGGGUACAUCGGACCGGCGGCGGACAGGCCGGUGCGGGAAUCUCGGUCGGAGGAAGCGGAACGAACGCUGGUGCAGGCGGCACGGCCCAUUCUUCUGCCCUUGGUUCGGGCAGAAGAGUAGUGUAUGGCAGUACCGAAUUGUUGAAUGCGGAUGACUUUUUGACAGAAGCUCUGGGGAAACUCGGACACGAGAGUUGA